GUGUUGAUCUUUGGGGAAGCCCUCGUAGCUGGUAGUUACACUCAAGAAACGGCAUUAAGCUGUGAGAAAGGGUUUUCUUUUAAUGCAGCAGAACUUGUUUUAUCACAUCUUAAAGGAGUUUAGCAGGACUUUGAAUGGGUUUGAGCUCAACGCUGCUUGAAUAAAACGACUCACCUGCUGUGAGGCUUCAGCGUCUGGACCAUGUUCUCCUCUGCUACCCCGUACAAAAACCAGCACUACGCUGAACUGAGGAGGACCUGCAUCAAUGACAAGACGCUGUUUGAGGAUCCAGAAUUCCCGGCCACCAAUGCAUCGCUGUAUUUCAGGAAACCACCGCCUGGGAUGGUGGAAUGGAGACGACCACGGGAGAUAAGUAAAGCACCUCAUCUGUUUGUGGAGGGCAUCAGCUCCCACGACUUGAACCAGGGAGUUGUGGGAAACUGCUGGUUUGUUGCCGCCUGCUCCUGUCUGGCUUUAAAACCAAACCUCUGGAAGAAGGUCAUUCCGGAUUGGAAGGACCAGGAGUGGGACGACAAACACCCAGAGAGCUACGCCGGAAUCUUCCACUUUCAGUUCUGGAUCUUUGGCGAGUGGAUCGAUGUGGUGGUGGACGACCGACUGCCUACGAUCAACGGAGAGCUCAUCUACUGUCACUCCAAAGACAACAAUGAAUUCUGGAGCGCUCUGCUGGAGAAGGCCUACGCCAAGCUCUCUGGCUGCUACGAGUCGCUGGAGGGUGGAAACACUGGAGACGCUGUGGUGGAUUUCAGUGGCGCUGUGGCUGAAACUAUCAACCUGGAGGACCAGCAAUUCUAUCAGGACCAAGACAAACAAGACAAACUGUUCGAGGACCUCCUGAAGGUGUACGAUCGAGGAGGAAUCAUCAGCUGCUCCAUUAAGGCACAGGCUCAUGAAAUCGAGUUGAAGAUGGCUAACGGGUUGGUGAAAGGCCAUGCGUACUCGGUAACGGCAGUGAAGAAGGUGCGUUUGGGUCACGGGCUGCUGGCCUACUUCAAAAACGAAACCAUCCCACUGAUCCGCAUGAGGAACCCCUGGGGCAAGACUGAGUGGAAAGGAGCCUGGAGUGACAGCUCUGAGGAGUGGUCAAAGGUUGGCGACACAGAGAGGGGCAACCUGGGCAUCACAGUGGAGGACGACGGAGAGUUCUGGAUGUCGUUCACAGAUUGGUGCAAGUUCUUCACAGACGCAGACGUUUGCCGUCUCAUCAACACUUCGGUGAUCAGCAUCCACAAGACGUGGCAUGAGGUCGUGCACUUUGGGAGUUGGACUAAAAACGCAGAGCCGCUGUUAAACCGUUGCGGCGGCUGCGCUAAUCACAAACAGACAUUCCUGCAGAACCCACAGUACCUGUUUGAUGUUACAAAGGAGGCUGAUGAGGUCCUGAUCUCACUGCAACAGAAAGACAUGAAGAUACACAGAAAAUAUGGUCAAGGAGAAAAUCAAACCAUCGGCUUCGGUGUCUUCAAGGUGGAAGUGAACAGGAAGUAUCGGAUGCACGACAUCCUGACCCAACAGUGUGUGCAGACGUCCACCUACAUCAACGCUCGGACGGUGUUCAUGAGAUGUGUGCUGACUCAGGGUCGAUACGUCAUCAUCCCCACCACCUUCAAGCCUCUGACGCUGGGCGACUACAUGAUCCGAGUUUUCACUGAUGUGGACUCAGGCUGCCGGGAGCUGAUAGACGACAAGCCAAAGAUAAAGUGUUGGAGUUCGUUCCUUGGAUAUCCACAGGCUGUGUCUCACGUCUACAUCCACGGAGCUGAGGGGCUUCAGAACCAGGACAGUACAGGAGGUGCCGACCCCUACGUGAUCAUAUCCUGCGAGGGUCGGUCAGUAAAAUCCACCAUCAAGAAGGACACUUUGCAGCCAGAGUUUGCAACCAGCGGCAUCUUCUACAGGAAAAAGCCCAGAAAGCCAAUAACUGUGGAGGUGUGGAACAGUAACGCAGUGAAGGACGAGUUUAUGGGCCAAGUGGUUCUGUCCGGCUCGGUGAAGGACUCCACCGACCCUCAGAUGCUCCAGCUGAGGAAGCGAGGGAGGCAGAUGGCCGACGAGAUGCCGGGACGCAUCAGCCUGAGGAUCCUCACCUCGUCUCAGCUGACCGCCAUGUGAACUCCAAAGCGACCUGACAGGGCCGAGUCGUUCUCAGCUCCGAACUAUGCGCUGACAAAGUUGUGUAACUUAUUUGAACCGUGCCAUCGUGAACGAAGCUUUUUAUAUUGGUGAACGCUGUUAUUUGCACGUUGGUGAAUUAUGUCGAAAUGUUUAAUUGCUUCUGUCGCUCUUUGAGUCAUGUUUGCGUAACUUAUGAAGCGUUUUUAUAACGAUGUUUUUUUGUAAAUGUAUUUUUGCAUUACACUAUACUGUGAGCAAUAUGGUAGUCGCAUUAUAGAUGCUGUGAAUGAUAUGGUGGUAUUUAUCAUUCACGCCUCACAAUGACCACAAUAAUCACUAUGCAGAGAAACUUGCUCUAUUUACAAGUCUUAUUACCAUCUGUUUCUGUAAUUCAUCUUCUCUCUCUUUCUUCCACCAGUUUACAAUCAUGUUUCUUUCUCAUUCUUAAAAACAAAUUCCUAAACAAUGAAAAAUGAAUAAAAAAAAGGGAUUUAUCCUCGGACCAAGCACUGCCA